AUGUCAGUACAACAACAAUUAUACACAUUCUAUCUAUCUAUCUAUCUAUCUAUCAUCCAUCUAUCUAUCUAUCUAUCUAUCUAUCUAUGUCUAACUAAACUUAUUUUGAGUCACAUUACAAAUAUAAGAAAUCUUUUUCAUUAUAUUUUUAUUGAUAUAGCAUCACUUAUGUCAGUACAACAACAAUUAUACACAUUCUAUCUAUCUAUCUAUCUAUCUAUCUAUCUAUCUAUCUAUCUAUCUAUCUAUCUAUCUAUCUAUCAUCACUUAUGUCAGUACAACAACAAUUAUCUAUCUAUCUAUCUAUCUAUCUAUCUAUCUAUCUAUCUAUCUAUCUAUCUAUCAUCACUUAUGUCAGUACAACAACAAUUAUACACAUUCUAUAUCAUCUAUCUAUCUAUCUAUCUAUCUAUCUAUCUAUCUAUCUAUCUAUGUCUAACUAAACUAUCAAAUGAUAUCUAUCUAAAUCUAUUUUAUAAGAAAUCUUUUCAUUAUAUUUCUAUCAUAUCUAUCUAUCAAUAUACACAUUCUAUCUAUCUAUCUCAUCUAUCUAUCUAUCUAUCUAUAUCUAUCUAUCUAUCUAUCUAUCUAUCAUCACUUAUGUCAGUACAACAACAAUUAUACAUUUCUAUCUAUCUAUCUAUCUAUCUAUCUAUCUCUAUCUAUCUAUCUAUCUAUCUAUCUAUGUCUAACUAA